AGUUCCGCUCUAUUUCCAGGAGACGCGUCUUUGAUUUGGGUAAAGGAAAUAGGAUUAGGGUUACGGUUAGAGGAUCUUCGCCCGGCGAGAGCAAGCCAUGCCAACAUCUCUCCGGCUCUUUCCCCUCCUCCUCCUCCUCUUCCUCCUUGCCGCUCGAUCCCAUGGCGAGGAGGUCUCGUCCGGCGAUGCAACCGACGUCUGUGCCUCCAGAUCCGACGGGGAAUCGCCAUCCUGCCCCGUUAACUGCUUCAGGGCGGACCCCGUCUGCGGCGCCGACGGCGUCACGUACUGGUGCGGCUGCCCGGAGGCGGCGUGCGCCGGCGUCCGUGUCACCAAGAGGGGAGCCUGCGCCGUCGGGAACGGCGGCACCGGCCUCGUCUCCGGCCAGGCGUUCCUUCUCCUCCAUAUCGUCUGGUUGAUCGUCCUGGGCUUCACCCUCCUCUUUGGCUUCCUCUGAGAUUUUCUUCUCGGACGAUGAGCGAGGUAUUCGGCUUCCAUACAUCCCCAAUUCCUUUUCAAUUAGUCCAUGAUUUGUUGUUGUAGAGAUAGAGCGAUUUGAUUCUCCAUUCAUUCUGCUUCAUGUAGUUAACACAUUUUGACAGUAAAUGCAAUAUCUUCAUCAGUUUCA